CCAACAUGAGUAGUUCUCCUAAUCCCAUACGCACCCUAUCGCCCGCUUUGCAAAAAGUGGCCAUCGAGGAGCUAAACGAAGUUCCCAGUCGAGUGGAGUCCGACAUAGCUACCCUAAAGGAAUGGCUACAGAAGCAACCUCAUAUUUGUGCCUGCCUGGAGGAUCAGUUUCUGCUCAGCUUUCUACGUGGAUCGAAAUUCAGUCUGGAGAAGGCCAAGCACAAGAUUGAUCGAUUCUACAGCUUGCAAGCGGCAAUACCUGAGGUUUUUAACGAACAUCGAUUGGCAGACGAUGCUCAAGUUCUGGAGAUUAUUCGGAUGGGAGUUAUCUUGCGCAUUCCUCUUGACAAAGAGGAUACUGGACCAGCUGUGACAAUAAUUCGAGCUGGCUCCUACGACAUCAAUAAAUUCAAGUUCCAGGACAUCAUUCGCGUGGGUUCCAUGUUUGGUGAGAUCAUGAUGCUGGAGGAUGACAAUGCCUCGGUUAGUGGCUACCUGGAGAUCAUGGAUAUGACCGGAGUGACGGGUGCGAAUCUGUUUGCCCUCCAGCCCCAACUUCUCAGCAAAUUCUCAGCCUAUGCGGACGAGGCAAUGCCAACACGCCAGAAGGGUAUACAUUUCAUCAAUGUACCCAAGGCAUUUGAAAUGGGUUUCAAAUCACUGCUCGGAUGGUUUCCAGGAAAAAUUAAAGAGAGGGUCUCUGUUAGCUCCGAUCCGGAGGCCAUUUUUGAGCGUAUUCCCAAAAAUUGUCUACCUGUGGAGUAUGGAGGAACCAAGGGAACCAUGAAAGAUAUUACUACUGAGAUGGAAGCAAAACUCUCCAGCUACCGCAGCUAUUUUCAGGACUGCCAGCAUUUCGGAACUAAUGACAAAUUGCGCGAGGAACCCAAAAAUCUAAACCCUGAAGAGAGUCACUUCGGCCUAGAUGGCUCUUUUCGCCAGUUGGAAACCUCAACAGAGAUGCCAUCCAUCCGCCCGCUGAGCCCCGAGCUCCAGAAAAAUGCCAACGAGGUACUUGGCGAGGUUCCCGACAAACUAGAAGAUGAUAUUGCCGCUUUGAGGCAGUGGAUUAAGCAGCAACCUCAUCUGAAGGCCCGCACAGAUGAUCAGUUCCUGGUGAACUUCCUUCGAGGCUGCAAAUUCAGUUUAGAACGAACCAAGGCCAAGAUCGAUCGGUUUUACACACUCCGCACCAAGUACCCCGAGUUUUAUUUGGGUCAUAAUGUUGAUGUAGACAAGCUGUUGGAUAUCUUUAAGCUAGGCACUAUAGUUGUACUGCCACGUCCUCUGAACGAUAACGGCCCACGUUUGGCUUUAAUUCGAAUGGCCACGUACGAUCCAACAAAAUACACCUUUCAGGAAGUGAAUCGAGCUGGUGGUCUAAUGCAGCAGAUCAUGCUCGAUGAGGAUGAUGUGGCCAUUGUGAAUGGAUUAAUUUCCAUUCUGGACCUCUCCGAUGUCACCAUGGGUCACUUCCUGCAAAUGACUCCAUCGUUUGCCAAGAAAAUGACCGUGUUUCAGGAGGAGGCUCUGCCCCUUCGACCUCAGGGUAUUCAUUUUUUAAACACACCCAAUGGCUUUGAGACCGUCUUUAAUAUGAUCAAGCCCAUGAUGUCAAAGAAGCAACAGGGACGACUAUACGUCCAUGGAAACAAAUGGGAAUCGCUCUACGAUCAAAUACCCAAAAAGUAUCUGCCUGUGGAAUACGGUGGGGAAAAUGGGUCAAUUCCUGAGCUCAUAAAGGAUUGGGAGCAGCGCAUUCUUGCCUACAGAAAUUACUGGGAGGAGGAGAACAACUACGGAACCGAUGAGCGCCUCCGAGUGGGGCAACCUGUCGACUUCGAGAAUCUCUUCGGAUUGCAAGGCUCCUUCCGGCAACUUAACGUUGACUAAAGCACUUAGCUCUCUAAAAAAAACUAAAGAAAACUAACUAAAAAUAGUCUCAGUUGCAGCUCUUAUCUAAAGUUACAAAGGUGAAGAAACUCAACUAUCCGAGUUUAGCUUUAUUCUAAUCGAUUUUUGAUAAGCGUAGAGAUAAGAGUAUAACAAAUCGUAAAGAGUUUAGCGCAAACAAUAAUAAAGAUAGGCAAGUUCCAUGAAUUUAAAGAUUAACAUACAAAUUAGUACAAAAAUAAAACUAUAAGAAAGAUUUGUGAAAA